AUGCGGAUACAGCACAACUACUACGGAAGUGGUCAGACACCGGUCAAUGGCACCCAAUAUGACUACAUAGUGGUUGGCGGGGGAACCGCUGGAUGUGUUGUCGCCUCACGAUACCGUGUUUUAGGCCGGUAUUUACACAACGAAGACCUCCGCCCGCCUGGGACACAGACCAGUGCCGGACUCGCUUAUCCCAACUUCUUCAUCUCCAGAGGCAAAGUGUUGGGCGGGUCGUCGGUCACCAAUUGGGAUAUCUAUAACAGAGGCAAUCGUCGCGAUUAUGACAAUUGGGCGCAGAGUUACGGUCUGACGGACUGGACGUAUGACAAUGUUUUGCCGUACUUUUUAAUGUCAGAAAACAAUACGGACGCCUCCGUCGCCGCCAACACAGCCUAUCAUAACACCGGCGGUCCUAUCCAUGUGUCGACCGAAACCAUUCCCGAUCCGGUGGUCGUGUCCUUCAUAGAGGCGGCUAAUAGUCUCGGUAUACCUAUUCUCGACAUUAAUGGCGAACAACAGUUUGGGACGACAAUAGCGCAGAUGUUUUGGAACAACAGCACCGGUAUUAAGUCGACGACAGCCAACGCAUACAUUGAACGCUAUAAUCGCACUAAUCUUCGUGUUCUCACCAGAGCUCAUGUCCGCAAAAUACUGAUUGAUAACUCGUCGGCCAAUACUCCCAGAGCUUAUGGUGUGGUUUAUAGUAGAAAUGGUGUCGACGAUGUGGUCGCUGUCGCCAAUCGCGAGGUCAUUGUCAGCUCAGGCCCAAUAAAUUCACCACAAGUGUUAAUGUUAUCGGGAAUUGGUCCCAGAGAUCACUUGCAAUCGUUGAACAUACCGGUGGUGGCGGACCUCCCGGUGGGCGACAACCUUCACGACAUG